AUCGGGGAGGGGAAUGUUGAACUUUUGUUGCAUACAUAUCCAGAUGAUGCUGCGUACUAUUUUGCGCAAUGACGCUGUCGGUGUGUUCGAAAGAGUUUGACGCUGAGCAUUUUGUUGCGUUUGCUGAAGUAGGCUUUCCACUUUCCUCCAGUAUUUAUUUAGCAAAGAUGAUAACGCAUAACGUAAACUACCCCAUUCCGUACAAAUGUGAACAACCGCAACAUUCAAACGAGGCUACAAAGAAAACCAAUGGGACUAGCCUAGCCUACACCUAAACAUUAGAAAUCUGACAUGCUGUGUGGGAUGAAAACGAGACUAUUUUUCAGUUUGAUCAACUGUAGGCUACUAAUAAGAGCAGCUGCAUACAGCCUAUGCCCCUGUCCGUCUGGUCAAGGGUCCAGAGUUUUCCCAGUUAGGUGAAAACUCCAGGUCCCAGGGGGUGAAAACUGCACCACCGCUCUGGGACUUAUGGUGGAACCAGUCUGCUUGCAGUUGUCAGUUAUCGUCAGCUAAGUCCCCUCCAGUUCCCUGAUUAAGAGGUGAUGACUACUCCACUCCACUACCUUUGUAAACUUUCUCCUGACAUGAACUGAAGCCAUGUCUCAUGUGCCUGCUCAUCCACUGGCACAUUGAAUGUUUCCCCUCCAAGCACUGGUCCCGGGCACGUUUUGAGGACAGCCCACCCAGGAUCGUGGAGAACCCCUCUGACCUGAUCGUGUCCAAGGGGGAGCCCGCCACCCUUAACUGCAAGGCAGAGGGGAGGCCUAACCCCACUGUGGAGUGGUACAAGGACGGUGAGCGGGUGGAAACAGACCGGGAUGACCCUCGGUCUCACCGCAUGCUCCUUCCCAGCGGCUCCCUCUUCUUCCUGCGUAUCGUCCACGGACGACGCUCUAAACCAGAUGAGGGUGUCUUCACCUGUGUGGCACGUAACUACCUAGGAGAGGCUGUCAGUCACAACGCUUCGCUGGAAGUAGCCAUACUGAGGGAUGACUUCCGCCAGGCCCCCAGUGAUGUGGUGGUGGCAGCCGGUGAGCCAGCAGUCCUGGAGUGUGUUCCCCCCCGCGGUCACCCUGAGCCCACCGUCUCCUGGAAGAGGAACAACGCCCGCGUCAGCAACAAGGAUGACCGCAUCUCUAUGCGUGGGGGCAAGCUGAUGAUCUCCCACACCAGGAAGAGUGAUGCUGGCAUGUAUGUGUGUGUGGGCACCAAUGUGGUGGGAGAGCGGGACAGUGAUCCUGCUGAGUUGGUGGUGUAUGAGCGUCCUGUGCUGAUGCGGAGGCCGGUGAACCAGGUGGUGAUGGAGGAAGAGACCAUUGACUUCCUGUGUGAGGUACAUGGAGACCCCGCUCCCACGGUACGCUGGCGCCGAGAGCAGGCAGAGCUCCCCCGCGGGAGGUUUGAGAUCCGCAGUGACAACACCCUGCGUCUGACCGGGGUGAGAGAGGAGGACGAGGGAACUUAUACCUGUAUGUCUGAGAACAGCGUGGGCAAGACGGAGGCUUCAGCCAUGCUACAGGUCCAUGUGCCCCCACAGAUCGCCAUCAAACCCCGGGACCAGAACUCUGCUCAGGGGCGCAGUGUCACCUUCCGCUGUGGCACCAGAGGAAACCCCACACCUGCCAUCUUCUGGAAGAAAGAAGGAAGCCAGAUGCUGCUGUUUCCUGGCCAGCACUUCUCCCAGUCCGGCCGCUACUCUGUGUCCAUGAGUGGAGAGCUGUCCAUCACCGAUGUGCACCCAGAGGAUUCUGGGUAUUAUAUCUGCCAGGCCAUCAGUGUAGCAGGAAGUGUCCUGACCAAAGCCCUGCUGGAGGUGGAAGGGGGUCCUUCACACCGUGUUCCACCAAUAAUCCGCCAAGGCCCUGCCAAUCAGACUUUGGCUCUGGGGUCCGUUGCCCAGUUUCACUGUCAUGCGAUUGGUGGACCCUCACUAAAGAUCGGAUGGGAAAAGGAUGGGAAAAAGAUUGUGGAGGACGACCCCCGCAUGAACCUGAUGGAGAACGGGACACUGCAGAUCACUAAUGUUGAGGAUACGGAUUCGGGAAUGUACACGUGUGUGGUGUCCAGCGCCACGGGGGAGUCGAGCUGGAGUGGGACACUCACCAUGAGAGAGGAUGGAGCCCCUGGGUCAUCAGUUCCCCGGGUGUCAGAGUCCAUCCAGCUGCCAGGGCCGCCCCAGAGGCCUGUGGUGACGGAGGUGACCAGGGGCACAGUCACCCUCACCUGGCAGUCCAACCCCCACGAGGGUGGGGCCGCUGUGACCUCCUACAUCAUCGAGGCCUUCAGCCAAUCUGUUGGCAGUGUGUGGCAGACGGUAGCUGACCGCGUGAAACAGGAGAAGCACACAGUCAUUGGCCUGUACCCAAACACUGUCUACCUGUUCAUCGUCCGAGCGGUCAACUCCUACGGUCUGAGUGACCCCAGCCCCAUCUCUGAACCCAUCAGGACACAGGAUGGGAGUCCUACAGAGCAGGGGGUGGACCACAGACAUGUGCAGAGAGAACUAGGGGAGGUGUCUGUCUUCCUGCAGAAACCUGUGGUCCUAUCACCCACCAGUGCCCAGGUCUCCUGGACUGUGGCGCGUCAAUCUCAGUAUGUACAGGGCUACAGGCUGCUGUACCGCUCCACUGGCAGCGUCUGGUUGGUCCAGGACGUGAAGGCUGGGCCUGAGCUUAGCACUGUCCUAUCAGACCUGCGCACGGACACAGAGUAUGAGGUGAAGGUCCUUCCCUACUUCAACAAGCUGCAGGGACUGGACAGCCCCCUGGUGCUGCUACGCACCCCCGAGGAGGUGUUGAGUGCUCCCCCGCAGGCUGUGUCAGUGGUUCAGCUCAGCAACAGCUCCAGCAUCCGUGUCUCCUGGGAGCCUCCCUCUGACGAUCAGAGUGGUAUAGUCCUGGAGUACAAGGUCUGGUGCCUGGGAAGUGACUCUGAGAUGAAGACAGAGAGCCAUAUCAACAGGACAGUGGAUGGAGCAGUAUUGUCCAUCCUACUGACUGGGCUGCUACCAGACCUCCAGUACAAUGUGAUGGUGGCUGCAGUCACCAUCUUGGGAGUUGGUGAACAUAGCCCACCUAUAGACCUGGUCCUCACCCUGUCACUGGAUAUGCCUUCAGACCCUCUGCAGAAAGACAGCAGCCUCAGUCUAUCAGAGCAGAUCACGGGUGUGGUCUGCCAACCAGCGUUCAUCGCUGGGUUGGGUGUGGCUCCGUGGCUGGCGCUCAUGGGUUUCAGUGGUUGGCUGUACUGUCGCCACCGCAGGAGGAAGGAGCUGGGACACUACACCACCUCAUUCGCCUACACACCUGCAGUUGGAUUCGCUCACAUUGAAGGAUCUGGUCUCAGCAACGGAAGUAGACCAGGGAUGCUGGGCUCCAACAUUGGGAACGUUGCCCAGAAUGGAAAAGACUCAGUCAAAUGUUGCUCUGGCAAACUGGACUCUACAGACAGAUACUACAAUGUUGCCAUCUCCAAUUACCUGAGCCAGUCUGAGAAAUAUAGCUCAGUGUCCACUGACAGUCCCAUCUACAGCACCAUCAAUACAGCUGCUGCUGAGGACUUGCAGGGUUUAGCCUACUACAACACAUACUCCAACACCCCCUGCACCCAGGGCUCCAACACCCCCUGCACCCAGGGCUCCAACACCCCCUGCACCCAGGGCUCCAACACCCCUGCACCCAGGGCUCCAACACCCCCUGCACCCAGGGCUCCAACACCCCCUGCACCCAGGGCUCCAACACCCCCUGCACCCAGGGCUCCAACACCACCUGCACCCAGGGCCCUGACUCCUAUGCCAGUACCCCCGUCCUCUCCAACUUCGGCCUCUUCGGUCUGGUUCAAGACCUGGACCAGUGGACCAUCCAGUCUGGACAGUCUGUAGAAUACACCAAGAUGCAGUACGCCAGGACAAGCAAUGCUUCACCUGGAAUGCUUUUCCAACGGUCUUGAGGGAGUUCCCACAUAUGCUGAGCACUUGUUGGCUGCUUUUUCUUCACUCUGUGGCCCCAACUCAUCCCAAACCAUCUCAAUUGUACUGGGCCCCCGAGUGGAGCAGUGGUCGAAGUCACUGCAUCUCAGUCCCAUAGGGCAGCGCACAAUUGGCCCAAUGUCGUCCGAGUUUGACCGGUGUAGGCUGUCAAUGUAAGUAAAUCUGAAUUUUGAAGCAUUUAUUUGGGCUGCAAUUUCUGAGGCUGGUAACUC